UCACACUCCUCUCUUAGUUUUUCCUUCAACUAACAUUGUCUCCAUUUGCUUCCCUUAUUUACUCCUCUCCUUCCAACUUGCUUCCUUCCCAACGGUCCUUUCCCCUUCCUUUCCAAUCAAUCAAACUUUCAUUCAUUCAUUCAUGCAUGCAUGCAUGAAUUGAAAACUUAGUCUUUUCUAUCAUUUGAUCAUUCACACCUUUCCAUUCAAGAAAUUAAAACAAAAAAAAUAUUUAGUCAACAUGCCUGAAAGCUUAUCAGACCUCUUCAAUGACACACAAGACUUCAGUUCCGGUGGCUUGAGUGGCGCUGCCUCACCAGAGAAUCUCUUCACACUGCUUGAGAAUCUUGAUGACUAUUAUGCUACCACUAAAGAUUCCACCACUCUUCUUCCUUUCACUCCAUUUGAAGACACUGACUUGAGCAGUCCUACUACAGAUCUUGAUCAUGAACCACCUUCUCAAGUUUCCAACAAAGCCGGCAAUAUUCGAUCUCUUGAAGUACCUGAAACCGAUGAAGAUGAAGCAUCGCUUGCUCGAAAGAAGCUCAAGUUCUCAAACACAGUCACAGUUGAUGGCAUGAAUAGGAUGUCACACAUCACGGUUGAGCGAAACCGACGAAAACAAAUGAACGAUAAUCUCUCGGUUCUUCGAUCUCUCAUGCCGUGUUUCUAUGUCAAGAGAGGAGAUCAAGCAUCAAUAAUUGGAGGAGUUGUGGAUUACAUCAAGGAGUUGCAGCAAGUGUUGCAGAGUUUAGAGGCAAAGAAACAAAGGAAGGUAUACAAUGAAGUGUUAAGUCCUAGGCCAGUUUCAAGUCCAAGGCCAUCACAAUUGAGUCCUAGACCACCACCACCACCACCACCAGUGAGUCCAAGAGUGAGCUUGCCUAUAAGUCCAAGAACACCACAACCAACCAGCCCAUACAAGCCAAGGAUGCAGUAUUCAUGCCUUAAUCCCACUCUUGUCUUACCUUCUCUUGACUCAUCUUCCUCAUUAGAACCAUCCAUGGAACUUGCUGCUAAUUCUAAGUCCCCGGUGGCCGACGUUGAGGUGAAGUUCUCCGGCCCCAACGUGCUUUUAAAGACGGUAUCUCAUCGUAUUCCCGGCCAACCUUUGAAGAUCAUCACUGCUCUUGAGGGCCUUGCACUUGAAAUCCUCCAUGUUAGCAUCAGUGCCAUUGAUGAUCAUACCAUGCUCAACUCCUUCACCAUCAAGAUUGGAAUUGAGUGUGAGCUUAGUGCUGAAGAACUGGCUCAAGAGAUUCAGCAAACAUUCUCACAAAACUAAGGAAUGGAGGAGCACUGGUAGUAUUAACCCUAACACUUCAUCUUGGCUUGCUCUCUUUUUCCACUGCUUCAAUGGCAAAAGUUGCAGUAACAUAGAGAAUGUUGGGAGGCACCUCAAAUCAAGUCCAACUCUACUUAAUUUUCAUGAUGUAUUACUAGAUUAGUUCUAGAUUUUUUUUUUUUUUAAUGUUUUACUUGUAAUUUUUCACUUUAUUUCACUCUUUAAUGUCAAAUUAUGUUCUUGCAUGAUUAAUAUUGUGUUUUAUG